AUGGUAGCUACGUCUAGAAAAGCUGCAGGACACGGAAGCACAGCUGUCGCUCUUCAAUGUCAUCGCGGCAUCUAUUGUUGCCUUAUUGUUAAGUGCAGUGAUUAUUAUACUGGUUGUCGCUUAUAUACGGGCCAAAUCAAGAGGGAAUACGAAGAAUUCCGUCACAUCCAGCUCUACUGUGGAAUCGUAUCUGGAAUCGAUAGCGAUCAACAACAAUAA